AUGGCGCGCAGGCAGCGGCAUCAUGACUAUCGCGGCGAUGGUGAUGAUGAUGAUGAUGAGCAUGAGCAUCAGCCCUCGAGCAUGGCAGGGCAGGCACGACAGGCAGCAAGGGCAGACAGGGCAAGCACGACGGGCAGGACAGGGCAGGCACGACGGGCAGGACAGGGCAGGCAGGGCACGCGGCUUGUAGCUACCCGUUGCAGCUUGGCCCAGCACGCUAUCCGCCUGGCUACUGGUCGAUCCUUCUCCACGCACGGCCCGCCACAGUGUUGGCCUGCCACAGCUCGGCGCUCCUCAAUGGCCGUUUUUCACGCCUCUUGCGCGCUGAGCACCCCCGCUGCAAGCGGCUCAUGCACCCACUCCUGCCACCCUCCACCGCCCACCGCCCACCGCCCACUGCCCACUGCACUAGACGACGCCCACCAGCAACCAGCACCCAGCGUCCGCACCAACGUCCGCACCAGCAACCGCACCAAAUGCCUCCAACCGCGCCCGGCCUGCCUGCCUGCCUGCUUGCUCCUUCAUCGGCACCGGCAUCGGCACCACGGCCGCUUUGCCCAAACGCUCCUCUCCUGCUCCUCUGUCUCUGCCACUCCCACCGUGCUCACGGCCCUGCCAGGGGGACCGACGCCCGCUUCGAGCACCACACCAGAGCCACCUCUUGCUGCAACCCCAGCUGACAACCAGACCUAG